GAAAAAUAUAACUCUGGCGCGUAUUUUCAUUCUCGGAUCUUUCAUCGUUUCUGAAAAACUGAAGUAAUUUCAAAGGUUUAUUUUCAAAACGUUCUGGUUUGCUUUGUCGAAAUAUGGAAGCUUGUGAUUGGCAGUGUACAAAAGAAGCUAUCGGGAAGCUGGAGAAAGCGUUAGGAUGUGGAGUUUGUAAGAAACUCCUUCAAGAACCGUGCAUGUUAGGGUCCUGUGAUCACCUAUUUUGCAGAUCUUGUGUGGAUGUCUAUCUGGGGGAGAAAUGCCCCAUCUGCUGUGCCACAGCCUGGGUGAAAGACCUCCAACUUAAGCGUGAGUUAGACAGCGUCGUUGGUCUCUACAAGAAGCUUUGUUCCAUCAUCGACCAAGAUGGCAAAAGCAGUGGUGGGGACAAAGAGGUUACCAUGGUAACUGAACAAAUUGAGGUGCGCGACACAACCAAUAGCGAUCAAGUAGUCAUGGUGACGGAAGGAGUGGACAGAAAAGCUCUACAGACAAAAAAUGUCUCCCCAAGAUUUGAAAAAUCCAAUAUGCAGGAGAAACAGAAAUUUUUAUCCAAGGGCAUUGGCCAGAAGCAGAAGAAAAAACAAACAAAGGCAGACAAACAAAAUGGCGGACGUUCGGUCGUCCAGGAAAACGAAAGGAAUAAAGCGCCAGCCAUCGCCUCUUCAAGUAGCGAGAAUGAAAUCAUCAAUCCGAUGUCCGUGUACGACUUUGUGGCCUCCCCGCAGCGCCCAAAACCGGCCGCCAAGAAACGGGCCAGGAAACCCAACCCAAAGACGGCAAAGAGACAGCGCGUUGCCGCGGCCAACCGCAAAUGGCUACGUGGAAAUUUCGACGCAAAAGCCAGCGAGGAAUCGGAGAGCGGGUUCGACUCGGAGAGAUCGUUGCGUCACGUCUCGUUCUCAAUCGACGCGGAUCAGAGCGGGACUUUGCUUUGCGACUCCAGUAGCGUAGAAGCCAUGGAAAUCUCCUCUCAAGAAGAAUGCCUCGUUGAGACGGUCCAAACGCCAAGCGGUACCCAGGAAAGUGGUUACAGCACGGCAACCAAUCUGGACGCCUCAAACCACAAAGAUCUCCCUGCAAGCAACAAAGUAGACACUCCUCUGACAAAGCCCAACAGAGCUUUUGAAAGUCAAGACGUCCAACAAAAAUUAACACCUGACAACAACAAGCCAACAAAGUUCUCCUCAAGACUGACAAAGAAAAUUACUCAAGCUUCUAAUAUUCCCAUCUCUACUCCCAAAGAUAUGGAACCCUCUACCACCACAGCACCUAAAAGGAAACUACCCAGAUCUAGCAAAGACGGAGUAGAAUCAACUGUCCUUUCAAAACAGAGUGAGCCUCAGCCACUGCCGAUGAAAAGCACAAGGCGAACGAGAGACAGGUCAUCCAAGACAGCUCCCCAGGCGCCAGAAAAAGACACUUCCUCACCCCCUAAGAAAAGACGCGGCAAGACCCAAGAAUCGACUCCGUUGGAAAACAAUCCGCCACUCGAGGGAGCAGACAACAAGAAUGAGGGACGAAACGGCAAACGAAGCUUGAGAAAUUCAAAUUUGUCGCUCAAAAAUGAGCUCCAAACUGUUUCGACCACUCAAACAAGAAGGAAGUCUAGUACCCUGCCACCCUCCGCCAAGACCACCCAGGGCACUACUGACAGACCAAGGAGUGGAAAGAAAGGUGUGGCACCAGACUCAUCAGAGAAGCGUCGUAGCUCAGAAACUACGACGAAGACUUCACCGAAAAAUGGCGGUGUUGCCGUGAAGAGAAACAAACGAGGGGAGACGCCACUUCACGUCGCUGUCAUUAAAGGUGACAUCAACAUGGCAAGGCAACUUCUACUGGAAGGCGCAGAUCCCAAUGUCAAGGACAAUGCCGGAUGGACCCCAUUGCAUGAGGCCUGUAACCACGGUCACGCAUCUAUCGUCUCCCUCUUGCUGGACCACGGCUCCCUGAUCAACACUCCAGGCUUUGAGCACGAUUCACCCCUCCAUGAUGCUGUCAUGAACCACCGACUGGACGUUGUCAAACUCCUGCUGGAGAGAGGUGCCGCGCUCGACGUCAGGAACAUGCACGGACUGACCCCAGCAGAUUAUGCGAAAUCAGAACCAAUGAAGAAGGCAAUGGGGACCAAACCUCUGGUUGCCGUGACGACCAACACCAUGGCGACCGUAUCCCAGAAGUCAGUGCUUGCAAGAAACCAACCAGUGGUUCUCCUGGGCACAGGUCUGAAGGACACUGAACGGAAGCAACUUCAAGCCUGCGCCAAGCUUCUCGGAGGCGGGCGUGUCAUCAGCGAGUUCGGGCUAGGAGUCACCCAUCUUGUCGCCUCCUGUAACCGUGACGACUUGUGCAUGCGCACCAUGAAGUACCUGAAUGCAAUACUGUCCGGGGUGUGGGUGGUAUCCUUCAACUGGAUAACGGAAUGUCUAAAAAAAAAAUCACGAGCGGCUGAGACCAAAUUUGAAGUCAAGGGAACGACAACACUGCCCUCUAGUGCCGGAGCAGAGAAGGGUCGCAAGAAUGCAGAACAGCAGCUCCCAAGUCUGUUGGACGGCUGCCACUUCUACCUGUACAGCACGUUCAGCCCCCCGACCCCUUCCAAAGACGAAAUUAUCCAGCUGAUCAAAAACGGCGGCGGGAGGAUCCUCAACAGGCAACCCAAACCGGACGACGACAUUGUCCAGGCCUCGACGACGAUACCGUACCACGCGCGAGCGGGGUCCGAUCUCGCAGCAUGCUCGUACUACAUCAUCCAUGACCACAUUGGUAGCAGGGCACCCCCUAGAGUCAGGACGGGGAAAUUGUGCACAGCGCCCGUUUCCUGGCUCAUGGACUGCAUUUCUCAGUUUGAGCUUUUGGACUUGCCCGAUUAGUAACUGGGCAAAGCAGCAUUUAUUUCUGUCGCAAGUCUGUAUGGUUUAAAAUGAGGUAUACCCAUGUGUGAAACCUUAUGUUAUUGUGUCAUUUAUAUUGGCUUUUGUCCUUUUUUCUUUUUGCAAAAACAAACUUAAAGAAAGAUUAAAUUUCUUUUAUAACACAAAUAGAAUGGUUUUGAGAGUGUGUUGUUGCCAACAACAGUUGUGACUUCUAGGAACAAGACAAAUCGAUAUUCCAUGAAAAUCCACUGUAGUGUUGCCCAUGUUUAUUAUCAUUUUUAUAACUUACAACAUUUAUACAACAGGCAAUUGUAAAAAUUUUGAAAAGAAAAAGGAAAUAGUUAUUGAAGAAUUUCGAAUUCUUAGAUUGUUUUAAUUACAGCUGUUGUGCAUUUAUUACAAACGUAAUCAUCUUAAGAUGUUUUGUUUUUGGUAUUAUAACAUUUAGCUUAAUAAGUACAAUGUCUGUAAGGAAUUAACUGAUUCCUUUUCUAUCUUAUUUUAGAUUUUAAAAAGCUGGAAAAAAAUGUACACUGGGUAAGAAUGCAAAGGGAAAAUAGUGUAAUUAUGAAGUACUUUCCAGCAAGCAUUUCACUAGAAUGAUUGCGAACAAUUUUUGUAAAUAACGCUUGCAGUAAUCUUGAAUUCUUUCGUGGAUUUCAACACAAAAUACCUUUGAAGUCAAAUACGUUGCGCAAAUUCCUUCUCAACUAUUUCUAAUAUUUUACAGAAGAAUUUGAUAUGAUGGUACCAGUUUUCUUUGAAAUACUGUAUUAUGUUAAAUCAGAUUUAUAAUAAAUGCAUAUGCAUAACGAUGAUUUAAGCAA